AGACCUGCUCAACAACAUCACAUCAUUUAAAGCGAAGUAGAAGUUGGACAUCACUGACAUUGUGCCAGCGAACCCGAAGCAGCAUCAAGAGCAGAAAUCAGCCAAACGGACGCAUAGUCAGAGAACUGCAGAGUCGAGGAAACAGCUGAAUGAUGAGUGCUGCUCAGAGUCCGACAACACUGGAGUCCAGACUGAAGGCCCUGCAGUGCCACUUCACCUGGGAUCUGGACCCUGGCAGGUCCGAACUUUUCCGACUCAGGGACAAGUUGGAAGACAUCGGCACCAAGGAGGGAAACAGCUGGCUGGGUCACAUUUACAACCUGCGGGGGUUCAUUCAGUACAAGCUGGGGUUCACCGAAGACGCCCAGAGUUUGUUCAGCAGGGCUGCAGAGGCCUUCCGCCAGAUGAGAAACACAGAUGAGGGCCCCUGGUUAGUGGUGAACUAUGGGAACCUGGCUUGGCUGCACUACCACCUGGGAGAACAAGCAGAGAGUCAGGCUUACCUGUCGAAGAUCGACGCCCUGAUGAAAAAAUACCCAUCUCCAUCCCAGGACGAGCUCCAUCCGGAGAUCUACGCGGAAAAAGCCUGGACCCUGAUGAAGUUCAGCGCAGACAAAAAGCUGCUGGCUGCAGAUUACUUCGAGAGAGCCAUCAGGAUGCAGCCAGACGUGGUGGAGUGGCACACCAGCCAUAUGUUAGCAUUAGGCAGUCCCUUUAAUUACAGCAACAAAGAGCUGGAAGCUAACGUCUUGGAGAAAAUGAGAAUCGCCAAGGAACAGGAUCCAGAGAGCUUGCACCUCGCCGUUCACUACCUUGAACAAUGUGCUAAGAAAGGAGAAAGAAUCGAAGAUGAUGCGCGUGAGUUAGGCAGAAAGGUUUUGAGUAAUCCCGUCAGCAGCUACAGCGGUAUGAAAGCAUUACUAUGGGUUUACAAGAAAUAUGUAUCUGUUGAUGAGGCCAUUGAUUUGGCAGAGGAGGCUCUGAAAAAACAUCCAGAUGUACGUUAUCUGAAGUCAUGUGUUGCACUCUGCUACAAAUGGAAGAUCACAUCUUCCGAGGAAAAUCGCCCAGAACAAAGCGUGAUAGACAGAGCAAUCAGUCUCCAUAAGGAGGUGAUUUCUCUUUACCCUCAUUCUUCACUUGUGAAGAAAAUAGACCUCGCAGAUAUAUACGCAAGGUCAAAUCUGGCUAAAGCUGAGGCGAUAUACCAGGAACUGCUAGAAAGCGACCUGGAACCUGCAGACACACAGAUGCUUUACAACAACUACGCAAACUAUUUAUACUUCAAUCGGCAGGAUAGUGACAGGUCAAUAACAUAUCACAUGAAGGCGGCUGCAAUACCGCACAAAUCCUUCUAUCGUAAGAACAGCAUCACAGUUCUGAAGAAGAUUAAAGACAAAGGCAGCCACCGAAUGUGUAGAAAAAUAGAGGAGUUUCUGGCGAACCUGCAAGAGCCAUAGAGCUUUUAACAGAACUGGUUCUAAAUCCAGAAAGAAAUGUAGGUAUCCCCUUACCUAAAAAAAGUUAAAAUGUCAUUACAUAAUCCAGUAAAUUACAUUAUUAGUUCAAAUAGAUUUUGAUCAGAUGUUCCUUUUCUUAACUUACAUGUAACCGUGGUGUUUACUAUAUUCCUGCUGUGUUUAUUAUUUUCCUUAGCACUGUAUUUUAGGUUUGUAUGAGAACAUUAUACACUCUGUAUGAAAUUUGCUUUGCUGUAAGCUUUGGAGUGGUGACAUAUAUAACUCUCUGAUUGGUGAUGUAAUAGUUACUUUGAUGUAUAACCUGAAUGUUAUCGCCAGAUUCAACUGAUUGUAUUCUUAGAAAGUAUGUUGAGCUGUGUCUCAGUUGUACACAAUACUAAUACUAUUAAAUAUACAUGAUGUACACUAAAAA